AUGAGGAAUUCUCCGCUUCCCCACCUUCUUCUCCGCAUCCAACAGCCCACCCCGGGAAUACUUGUUCAACAAUGGUCUAUUGCUCUUGCCCCGGUCACUACUACCCUCCAUGCCAUGUCAACUGUUGUGCCACCACUAACCUCCGUCUCUGCUCCUCCUCUUCGUCUACCUUCCAACUAUCCUAUUCUGCACACCAUCAAAACCCCACCAGCAAUGAGCCACCACACCCCACUCUCCGCACACAUAACUCCAAAUCCACUUCUUUCGUGCUUCACCAUCUUUCUCACACUCAUCAACAACCUAAUAAGCGAUAUCCACAACCACCAGAGCAACUAACUGAACCCGCCUCUACUCUUACCACUAUCCCACCAGAGGAAAAAGCCAAGCUCCUUCAACUCUCCCUCGUCACCAAACGAACCCCACAAUUCCCGGGCUCUAUCUAUGCUCAAUCCCCUUCCGACCUCGACGUCACCUCUUCUCUCCCUCCUCUGCAGACCCUUUUCACUCCCAGACGAGAAGACGGAGAAGAACAUGCGGAUGACCAAGAGACGAUUUUGAAAGCACUUGAGAUUCGAAGGAAAGUGACUAAAGAGAUAUUUAAAGAUGCCAUGACGAGAAAGGGUAAGUUUGGGAUCACGUAUUCCACGAAUUUGGUUAAUAUGUUGGGUGAUUUUAUCGAUCAUGUGAUGAUUGAGGCGGCGGCAUUGAAGCGGCUGCCUGAGUUUUCCGAGUCCACGUUUAAUGUUCGAGCUAGGACUGUCAUACACGACUCUAAUGUUGUUCCUCUUAUAAGGUGGUUGAAGCACAACGACUUGUCAUAUCCUAAAAUUGGAAAGCUCAUUUGCUCCACAAGGGGAAAUCUCGACUCAAUAAGACGUCUGGUUGAGUGGCUCAAGUCUAUCCAUGUGAAGGGUGAAUUUCUUGGGGUUGUGCUUACAAGAUCAGGUGAUAAUAUCUUGGAGCGUUCAGAUGCAGAGUUAGAUGAACUUGUUGAGUAUUUAGAGAGUACGGGAGUGAGGAGGGAUUGGAUGGGUUUUGUGAUGAGUAGAUGUCCUGAAUUGUUGUGUUUCAGUAUGGAAGAAGUAAAAACUCGGGUGGAGUUUUACAUGGAUAUGGGAAUGAAUGAGAAGGAUUUUGGCACUAUGGUCUUUGAUUGCCCCAAGGUACUUGGCUUCUUUACCUUGGAAGACAUGAGCCAAAAGGUCCAUUAUUUGAAGGAGUUUGGCCUUACUACUGAAGAAGUGGGGAGAUUACUUGCAUUUAAGCCACAAUUAAUGUGUUGCAGCAUUGAGAAAAAAUGGGAGCCUCUUCUUAAGUAUUUAUACUAUCUUGGAAUUUCCAGGGAUGGAAUGAGGAGAAUGCUUACUAUAAAACCCAUGGUUUUCUGUGUUGAUUUGGAGACAACCAUUGUGCCAAAGGUGCGAUUUUUUCAGGACAUAGGCAUUCCUGAUGAUGCUAUAGGCAACAUGCUUGCAAAAUUUCCUCCAUUAUUAACAUACAGCCUUUACAAGAAAAUUCGGCCAGUGGUUUGUGCUUGGUCUUUUGCUGAUUUUGUUGUGGCUUCCUUUUAUUUCCUGUCUUGCAGAGUUGUGUUGUUGACUCGAGCUUCAGUUGGGGUCGUAUUCUUAAUGACCAAAGCUGGAGUAAGCGAGAGGGAUAUUGGGAAAGUUAUAGCAUUGGGCCCGGAACUCUUGGGAUGCAGCAUAGCAAAGAAACUUGAGGUCAAUGUGAAAUAUUUCUUGUCACUUGGCAUUCGACUUCAGCAGCUAGGUGAGAUGAUUGCUGACUUUCCCAUGCUACUCCGGUACAAUACAGAUAUCCUCCGUGCAAAGUACCGGUAUCUUCGAAGGACAAUGGUCCGCACUUUGGAGGAUUUAACUGAGUUUCCAAGGUUCUUCAGCUAUUCCUUAGAUGGUCGAAUAAUACCAAGACACAGGAUUAUGGUAGAGAAUCGGGUCAAUUUUAAACUGCGCUACAUGCUGGCUUGCACCAAUGAUGAAUUCAAGAAGAGGGUUGAAGAUAAGGUGGAAAGGCGGUGUAGGUUUGAAGCCGGUACCACCACCGUGCAUGAUGAUCUGACAAACUCCUAUGAGGCUGAUGAUGACCCCAUGGGAAGCAAUGAAAUGGUUGAUUUCUCAGAAAAUGAAGAUUCUUUCUGUGACUGAUCAUAGUCAAUUUCUCAAUACAGAUGACGGAAUAAGUUUGUGAAACUGAAGAUUAUAAACUUUAUUGUCCUUUUCGAUGUAAAUGGAAGACACUGGCAGUAACUAUUUUCUCUCACAAGUAACAGAAUGUUCAUGUGUAUGCUAGACGAA